AUGGCUGCUCAAGGAGGUCUGGAAGAUGUUCCAGAAGGCCAGAUCGAAUCUAACUACGAUGAGACCGUCGACUCUUUCGAUGAGAUGGCCCUGAAGGCUGAGCUCCUCCGAGGUGUUUAUGCCUACGGUUUCGAGCGUCCCUCUGCUAUCCAGCAGCGUGCCAUCAUGCCCGUCAUCAAGGGUCACGAUGUCAUCGCCCAGGCUCAGUCUGGUACCGGCAAGACCGCCACCUUCUCCAUCUCCGUUCUCCAGAAGAUCGACCCCAACGUCAAGGCCUGCCAGGCUCUGAUCCUUGCGCCCACUCGUGAGCUGGCCCAGCAGAUCCAGAAGGUCGUCAUCGCCAUUGGCGACUUCAUGAGCAUUGAGUGCCACGCCUGCAUUGGAGGAACCAGCGUCCGUGAUGACAUGAAGGCCCUCCAGGACGGCCCCCAGGUCGUUGUCGGCACCCCGGGACGUGUCCACGAUAUGAUCCAGCGACGAUUCCUCAAGACUGACAGCAUGAAGAUGUUUGUCCUUGACGAGGCUGACGAAAUGCUUUCUCGUGGUUUCACCGAGCAAAUCUACGACAUCUUCCAGCUGCUGCCCCAGUCGACCCAGGUCGUUCUUCUGUCAGCCACCAUGCCCCAGGACGUGCUUGAGGUCACCACCAAGUUCAUGCGUGAUCCCGUCCGCAUUCUCGUCAAGAAGGACGAGCUUACCCUUGAGGGUAUCAAGCAGUUCUACAUUGCCGUUGAGAAGGAGGAGUGGAAGCUCGACACCCUUUCCGAUCUCUACGAAACCGUUACCAUCACCCAAGCCGUCAUCUUCUGCAACACCCGCAGAAAGGUCGACUGGCUCACCGAUAAGCUGACUGCUCGUGACUUCACCGUUUCGGCCAUGCACGGUGACAUGGAUCAGGGUCAGCGUGACCUUAUCAUGAAAGAGUUUCGAUCCGGUUCUUCCCGUGUCCUCAUCGCCACUGAUCUGCUUGCCCGUGGUAUCGACGUUCAGCAGGUCUCCCUGGUCAUCAACUACGAUCUCCCCGCCAACCGUGAGAACUACAUCCACCGCAUCGGUCGUGGCGGUCGAUUCGGCCGAAAGGGUGUCGCCAUCAACUUUGUCACCGCCGAGGACGUCCGCAUGAUGAGAGAAAUCGAGCAAUUCUAUAGCACCCAAAUCGAGGAGAUGCCCAUGAACGUUGCCGAUCUCAUCUAA